AUGAGCGGCCUUGCGGAGCUGGACUGGCCUUCCGUCUUCGAGUAUGAGAAACAGUGGCUCACGCCCUCCAAGGGCCAGAAGGCAUGUCCUGUGCAGCCCCACUGCGACGGUCGCCUGCAAAUUGCCGAUGUCAGCUUUGGGCGAGGGCUCGUGGUGUCCUCCGCUGUGGCUCAGGGCGAACUGCUUGUCGUGUGUCAGGCACUGGUCCUCGCACCACAGGCCGAGCUGCAGGCAGCUGCUUUGGAGAAGUUGAAGACCUGUUCGGAGGAGGAGUACAAGAACUUCAUGUGUUUGCAGGGUGGGGCUGACGAGCUGCAGCAGGCAUCAGCCUUGGAUCGUGAUCUGCGAAACUGGAUCGGUAAUCUUCCGAGGCUCAAACGAAGCCGAAAAGUCGAUGCCAAGAGGGUCCAGAAAGUCCUUCUCGCGAACUCCCUGAGCAAAGACACAAUUCUUGAGUCUGGCGCAGCUGAUCGACAUCCGGAGUUCGGGUGUUGGCUCCUGCCUUCGCUCAUCAACCAUUCCUGUCAGCCGAAUGUAGCGGAACAGUUUCUGGGCGAUCUCCUGCUCCUGCGCGCAUCCAAGCCGAUGGUCGCCGGCGAGGAGUUGCUUAUGUCGUACGCAUCAACCCUUCAGCCCAGACACCUGCGACAGAAGUACCUCAAUGAAACCUUCAAUUUCACCUGCUCCUGCCCGCGAUGCAAACUGGAGGCAAGCCUCUUGGACGUCAAGAAGGUGCAAGGGGCCCUGGAGCAGCUUGACUCGCUUACGGCCGAGAAGAAGACGCUUCCCGAGUUGGUCGAGCAUCUUGAAGGACUUGCCAAACAUUGUCGACAGGUGGUUGCCGAUGCUUUGAUUUCCUCUGCAGGACUGGUUGAGCCCGAGCCCGUCCAGCGCCUGCUCACUGCGAGCUUUCUACCUGUCUUCAUGGGACUUGCCUUCGCAAGGAAGCGCAUGGGCGGAAGGGUGCAAGUCUUGGAGGUGUACUCUGCCUGCACAGAUUUGUUGGCCGCAGUGCAUCAUGGAAGCAUGUACCAUGUGCACUGGACAUUGGAGACCGCCUUGCAGGCGCAUCUGCAAGGCGACGCCAACGCGCCCCAGAUGAGAACCGAAGCUUGGCAGUGCUGCCUCACCUUCGCUGCACCUGACCGCCAGGUUUGUGAAGCACUGGCCGCCAAAGCUGGUUGGCCAAAGGAGAUGCUGGACGCCGUGCCUUCCUCUGUUACUGCAAUCCAGAAGGCAGAUCUCGAUUCUUCCACCAGGUGGAAGUACUGUGUGGAAAAUGAGAAGACCUUCGUCACUGUGAACAUCAUGCUGCCGGAAGGUAUCGAGCCGACGGAUGUGAACAUAGACCUGGCUCCCGAGAAAGUCUGCGUGGCUUCAGCCGGCUAUCCAGACCUUGUCAUCGACCUUCCAGUCCCAGUCAGGGCAACUGAUGCUAUGCCUGCCAAGUACAAGAGGAGCGGGAGGAAAUUUGUGCUACAGUUACCAACAUCUUGA